CCCGGGAGCGGGGUGCGGAGCGACGCUGCUGUCCACUGUGGGCCAGAGGGCGGUGGAAGCGCCGGGGGCGAUGCCGCGGCCGGGGAAGAGUUCGUACAGCGACCAAAAGCCUCCCUACUCUUACAUCUCGCUGACCGCGAUGGCCAUCCAGCACUCGGCAGAGAAGAUGCUGCCGCUGAGCGACAUCUACAAGUUCAUCAUGGAGCGCUUCCCCUACUACCGCGAGCACACGCAACGUUGGCAGAACAGCCUGCGCCACAACCUCUCCUUCAACGAUUGCUUCAUCAAGAUCCCGCGGCGGCCCGACCAGCCCGGCAAGGGCAGCUUCUGGGCACUACAUCCCGACUGCGGUGACAUGUUCGAGAACGGCAGCUUCUUGCGACGCCGCAAGCGCUUCAAGGUGCUGCGCACUGACCACACACACCUGCACACGGGAAGCACCAAGGGCACACCAGGCACUGGGCCCGGAGGGCACCUACACCCUCACCACCCGCACCAUCCGCACCACCACCACCACCACCAUCACGCUACCGCGCACCACCAUCAUCACCACCACCCGCCCCAGCCGCCCCCCCCGCCGCCCCCGCCGCACAUGGUGCAUUAUUUCCACCAGCAGCCGCCUCCAGCUCCACAGCCGCCGCCGCACCUCGCAUCGCAGCCCCCGCAGCAGCCGCCGCAGCAGUCGCAGCCUCAGCAGCCGUCUCACUCCGGCAAGAUGCAGGAGGCGGCGGCCGUGGCGGCGGCAGCAGCGGCGGCGGCGGCGGCGGCUGUAGGCAGCGUGGGUCGCCUGUCGCAGUUCCCACCCUACGGGCUGGGCUCGGCUGCUGCCGCUGCCGCCGCCGCCGCCGCAUCCACGUCGGGCUUCAAGCAUCCAUUUGCCAUUGAAAACAUCAUCGGGGACUACAAGGGCGUGCUGCAGGCCGGCGGGCUGCCCUUGGCGUCCGUCAUGCACCACCUGGGUUAUCCCGUGCCAGGCCAGCUGGGCAAUGUAGUCAGCUCUGUGUGGCCCCACGUCGGCGUCAUGGAUUCGGUGGCUGCGGCCGCCGCCGCCGCUGCCGCGGGAGUCCCUAUGGGCCCCGAGUACGGGGCCUUUGGGGUGCCGGUCAAAGCCCUGUGCCACUCAGCAAGCCAGAGCCUGCCUGCGGUGCCCGUGCCCAUCAAGCCGACUCCAGGGCUGCCGCCUGUGGCCGCCCUGCCGCCGACGCUCACUGUCCCCACGGCUGCACAGCAGCCGCCGGCGCCGUCCACCGUGUGCCCUGCAGCCGCGGCCUCCCCAGCUGCCUCUUUGAUGGAGGCCACCGCCCCGAGUGCGUCCGAGAGCAAGAGCGGUUCCCUGCACUCGGUGCUCGUGCACUCCUAGGGUACCCAGCGGGCUGGGGGAGAGGAACGCGUGAAGAGACCCAGCCUUUGCGGGAAAGGAAGGUAUUUAAAACAGACAAACCCGAAAGUGGAUUCUCCAGUGGUCUGA